AUGUCAAAAUCAAAUUUUGAACAAUAUCAUAAAAAUAUUAUUCUACCAAAUAAACAUCGAAUAAACUAUCUUCGUUUAUCAAAUGCAUUUACAGUUGAUAUUAUUUUCUCACCACCACGUCUUAUUUCAAAAUUUCUUCAACUUGAAACAUUAGUUUUUGAUAAUAUCAAUGCAAGAUAUCUUAAUAAUAUUCUUCAUCAUCUAAUUAUUUUACCACAUUUACAUUCAUUAACUAUUAAUCUAAUUGAUUAUAUUCAAAAUUCAACUCUUUUUUAUCUUCAAUUAUUUCGUUUAUCUAAAUUAAAAUAUUGUAAAAUUCAAUUUGAAUCAAAAGAUGAUGAACAAUUAUUACCUCGAUUUGAUUAUCUUAAUGGAAUUGAUUUCAAAGAUAUAGAAUUAUAUCCAUUGUUAUUAGAAUAUUUAAAAUAUGUUUCACUUGAACUUGAUUUAGUUUAUUUUAAUCGAUUUGAACAAUUAAUUAAAAAUUUCUUUUAUCAUGUCGAAAUUUUACAUUUUACAUCAAAAUAUUAUUCUAGAUAUUUAGAUGCAGAACUAUGGGAAAAAUUAAUUACAUCUUAUAUGCCAUAUUUACGUAUUUUUGAUAUUAAUCAUGAUGGUUCUAUACAACAUAAUCUUUCAAGAUAUCAUAAUUGGAUAAAUCAAUUUAAUUCUUCAUUUUGGACUGAAAAACAAUGGUUUUUUACACAUCAACAUGAUUGUCAAGAUACUAUUGGAAGUGGAAUCUUUUAUUCAACAAAUCCAUAUCGAAGAAAAGAGAAUACAUUUUUUUGGAAAUUAGAUAAAAAAUUUUGUUCAGAUUAUCAACAAACAAAUUUUAGUUCUGUUAAACAUGUUCGUGUUUCUGGUUUAGUAGCAUCUAAGACUUCUGUAAAUUAUUUUUCUAAUGCUACUCAAUUGACUAUUAAACAUGAUUUAGAAACACUUCCUCAUUCAAUUUCAACAGUUCUCAUACGGUGGGAAAAUUUUGUUAUUAUUAAAUAA